AAUAUUAAUGCAUGCCAUUUUUCUUACAUGAAAUAAAGGAUUUCCAUUACAGUACACUAACUCAGCUUCACUGUGUUUUCUUCUCUUCAUUUACUACUUUCCUCGAAUCUUGAAGAGCUGUAGCCUGCUAAAUGCUUUCCUUUUAUUGGCACCAGCGUGGACCUCAAAAUUUGAAGGAUUUGGAGAGAUUCUGUUUGGACGAAUGAUCUCAGAUCCCUUGCCAUGUAUUCUCCAACCUCAUCACGCAUUAUAGGAGAAGACUCAGAGCUGUUAUCUUGGCAAAGGGAGGUAGCACAAAGUAUUGACUAAAAGGGUGUCAAUAAUUGUUGCACACCUAUAUUUAACAAAGAUAUUUGUUGUGAUAAACCUGUGUUGUGUUCGCAAUUGUUUGAUAUCCAUGAGAGCAAAGUAUUUUUGUGAAUUUUUUUUAACAAAAGAUCGAAAGGUUAAACAAUAAAGACAAUUUUUCACAGCCUUCUUUGCUCAUAUUUCCCAAGGGUGCCAAUAUUAGUGGAGGGCACUGUAUAGGAAUAUAAACUGUGGCAUCUCUUACGCAUAUGACAUGCAAAUAAGGCAACAGUGUACAGGAACUUUUGUUCACACAACUAAAGCAGGUUUCCGAACUGCAUUCAGAUCACCUCUUUGUUUUAAUGUUAAUACAACAGUUUCGUGAACAAGACACAGAUUCAAUUGCAUGCCAUUCUGUGUACUAAAGCUUUAAUAAGCUUUAGUCAUUUCAGUAAAAGCCAAUGCCUACAUUCACAGACUACCACAGGUUUCACUACCAUAGGUUUCAAGGUUGUGCAGCAUCUUUUCAAAUUUACUGACUGUUUAUGGCUUGAGGCGUGCCACACUGACUCUGUACCCUUUAAAGUGUUGACCCUGAAUUACUGUCACGACAAGAGAACUGUGCUCCUUUAGUGCUUUUUUUAUUAGUAUUCAGGGAGCAUUCUGGGUAAUAUUUCCCGACUCCUGUGUUUCCCUGCCAAAAAAAAAACCCUACAUCCAGUUCCAGAACUCUGCUAGGAGCUGCUGCUGUUUGAGCCAAAGUAAUCCUUUGGUACUGUUGGAGUAUAAAUACACCUUUCAAUUUGUUAUUUAAAUUGGAACAAUAUUAAAUGGGGUUUUUUUCAACAGUAAAUGUAAUGUACUUGGCUAAAUGUUGUGUGGAACAUUGAAAAUAAUUGAAUUUUUUUUACAGUGAUUAAUGUUUAUAAAUCUGAACGCAUAAGGUGUUAUUAGUGAUGUCUUACAUCCAUCUCUAUAAAGCCGGAUUUAUGUCACGACACAGGAUCCCCGAUCAUAUUGCUAUCAAAUUUUAAGUUUUUAAUAGUGAACAGAGCAUUUAAAAGGCUAAAUAGCAUUGUGGUAAUAUCACAGUGCAUGCAAGUAUGCUAACAAGUAAAAGCACACUGAUCUGCACUUGAUCAUAAUUAGUUCAUUGUUGCUAUUAUAAUAAAAUAAUCUGGGAAAAUAUACUAAAAGACCAGCGUAUUUUUUAGUACUGCUGGCAAUUUGGAUACUAUACACUGUGAGACAGAUGUGCGUGUCAUGUUAACUGUUUUCUCUUUCCUCUCUAUUGCUCUCUCAGAUAAACAAGCAGGAUGGUAGCACUGGUCCAGCUCGAUGUGGACAGAUCGAAGCAGAAGCGAUGGAGGAAACAACGCCAGACCCCGCGUUCGUGGAUGUGGACCAGGGCUUGACUCUGGCAUGCAUUGCUUUCCUCUGCCUGCUGCUGGUGGCCAUGAUCAUCCGCUGUGCCAAAGUCAUCAUGGACCCAUACAGCGCCAUCCCCACGUCCACCUGGGAGGAGCAGCAUCUAGACGACUAGCAUGACUUGCAGACAAACCUGUGUCCAGGAUGCAAGGUCAAGUUACAUGGACUUACUCCAAUACUGAAGCACACCAACUAGAGUCUCUACAAGCUUUGAAACUACCUACAACACUGGGACCGGGCAGAACAACCCAACACUGCACAGAACUGUUCCCAGAGCAACAUAUCAAAUACACUAAGAUAAUAAUCAUUGAAUGAAUUUGAGAAUGGUGAGUUAUAUUUUUGGGGGAACCUUUUAGGUUUUGUACAUUUUUCUAAUAAUCAUGAUGGAUGGGGUGUGCGAAUGUAAUAUAUAAUAAUGUAUAAUGUAAUGUUCAGUGAAAUGAAGCCUGGCUUGGAGGCAUGUUUACAAAGCUGCGCAUAAGGACCAUUCAACAUUGAAAUGAGUGUUAUUUAUAUCUGUUUACAGUUAAGCGACAAAAAUAAGUACGCUAGCUUGAAUGCCAUUCAGGAUGAGGAUGAGGUUUGUGCCGAUAAUAAGUUAUACAACAUAUCAUAAUAAUCAACAUGCACAACAUCAUUACUCUUCCAUUUAGGAGGAGGCCGCCUGGGCAGACAGUACUUUUAGGUUGUCUGUCGCAUUGGGAAAGAAGCCUUUGAAGGUAGCACCAUAUCUUUUUUCUUGAAGGCAUUACAAUAAAAAAAAACAAAAAAAACAAUCAGUAGCUAUGAAGUGGCUUUUUGAUUCAAAUGCUACUCAAUGAGAAAAAGUACUGGUAAACAUUGUCAUUUUUAAUAUACUGUGUUAAUGUCAUAAACGGUGAGAAAAUUUUGAAAAUGUAUUAUCGGCACAUGCCUGUUUAGGAUACUCAACUCCAGAUCAAGCCAUUUAGCUGAGGUUUAGAGGAAUUCCCUUUAUUCUUAAAUGUGACUGCCUUUGGCUGCUACUUAAAGUCCACUUCCUUUGCUCCUCUGUUGUCUUGAGCCAUAUCAAUUACCGCAUUUAUCUGCAGAGAAUUAUAACCAUAACUGCAUGUUAUCAAGUGCCUCAGCCAAAAUCACAAAGACUGUCUUGAAGCAGCACACAAUCAAAAUAAUGUGUAGCAGAUCAAACAAUAAUGUCUUGACUGAUUGAAACUGCAACUGUGCUAUGUUUAUUUAGCCUGCAUCUUCUUAUGCAUAAUAAAGUUAAUGAGGAUUUUAAGGCUCUUUGGUGUGUUUAUGAUGUGUCAUGUCCACAGGGUGUGCGGUGCCUUAGAUAAAGUAUUUUCGCUUUAAUGACAGUGUGCACUCGAGCUUCAACAGAACAUCAAGCUCAUGCACACAUGCACAGUCAUGAGGAGAAUUUGAUCGUUUGUCCAAAUCGGUUAACAUGGUCAAUAUCACAAAUUUGCUUAUAAUUAAACAUGGAUCUAGAAAUAGUACAGAAUCUUGAAUAUUGAAUACAUUGAAUACUACUUUCUUUCUUUGAAAUAUUUCAAAAUUCUAAAACCUUCUGUUUAUUUCCCAGAUUUUCAAUGCGGUCUUAUGC